AGUCUCUCCCUCUCCCUCUCCCUGUCGCUUUGUCUUUUUGUCUGUGUAGCUUUAGCCUGCCUGCAGUGGAUUGUCAGACUGUGAGAGGGAGCUAACUCCACUCUGAGAGCAGCAGCAGGAGGAGGAGCCUUUGCUUUUUCUCCACUUCGACUGUCAGGAUCUUUAUUUUCACGAGAUUUUAAAAAUGGAAGCUGUGGACCGGACGCUAAAUUACUAUUUUGUAUCAUGGUUUGGACCAAGAGAUUCCAGAGUUGAAGGUUUUUUCCUUCUAGAUAAGUAUCUUCCUACUUUUAUACUUAGUCUCCUGUACCUCUUUGUGGUCUGGGCUGGACCGAAGUACAUGCAGAACAAAGCACCUCUAUCUUCUAGGGGAAUACUAGUGGUCUAUAACAUUGGAUUAACGCUCCUUUCCUUAUAUAUGUUUUGUGAGUUGCUCAGAGGUGUUUGGGAUGGAGGAUACAGUAUUUACUGUCAGAACACACACAAUGCUGGUGAAGCUGACCUGAAGAUUAUCCGUGUGCUAUGGUGGUACUACUUCUCUAAAGUCAUAGAGUUCAUGGACACAUUUUUCUUCAUUUUACGAAAGAACUACCAUCAGAUCACUGUUCUGCAUGUCUAUCACCACGCCACCAUGUUCAACAUCUGGUGGUUUGUUAUGAACUGGGUGCCCUGUGGUCACUCUUUCUUUGGGGCCACUCUCAAUAGUUUCAUUCACGUUCUGAUGUAUUCCUAUUAUGGUCUUUCUGCUAUCCCAGCCAUGCGACCUUAUCUUUGGUGGAAAAAAUACAUUACUCAAGGACAAUUGCUCCAGUUUGUUCUAACGAUAAUUCAGACCAGUUUCGGUGUAGUCUGGCCGUGUGGAUUUCCAAGUGGCUGGCUGUACUUCCAGAUUGGCUACAUGAUCUCUCUGAUUAUACUCUUCACUAAUUUCUAUAUUCAGACCUACAAGAAAAAGAGUGCUUUCAAAAGCAAAGACUGUCUAAAUGGUUCUACAAUAGCUGCGAAUGGACACACAAAUGGCCUUUCUACACAGAUGGAUCAUUAUUCAGAAAAGAAAACUCACUAAGAUCGAUCCCUGGGCUAGAACCGCGUUUUGUCAGCACACUAAGAGUUUUGUGAUGUCUUGAGGCAAUUUCAAAAGUUACCAAUGUGUUAACUAUAUCCAGUCUGCAUUAUAUAGCCAUAUAGGGUAGGGAUUUGGAACUGAAUAUUGUUGUGAUCAAUAGAAAAAUGAAUUUAGAGAAACUUCCAUUUGUGAAAGUGUACCUAAGUGAUAGAAAGGUAUGGAAAAUAAUAUCAGCCCUAUAUAGUUUCAAAAAUGAUAGGAUAUUUCCUACACUAGAGCAAUGGACCCCAGUGUGAAUCAGGUAAAAUGUGGUCGAUUUUAGUUUACAACACUGUUGUUGCCUUACUGCGUUUUGUGUGUUAGGUACUGUCUUGUAUUUACUUUAAUCUUAAACCAUAUUUAUAUGUUUCAACUGAAAUGUAAUUUGGCACAGGGUGUUGACCCACAUGCCUUAGUUUUAGCUAAAGUUGCAAUGCUGCAUAAUUAUUAUGUUUUAAAUGUUUCGAUAAUCCAUACCUCUUUGUUGACUAUAAAUAAUUGACUUGCUUGUUUUAACAACAUAAGGUGUGUUGAGUUGCUGCCACAGUGUAGGAGCAGAUAACUGAGUACUGCAUAGGUAUGUUUUACACAGUCAAAUUCUCUUAAGUGCAAAUGACUAUCCAACAAUGGACAACUGCUGAGCAUAUCCAGCUUAUGCAUCCAGUUCGACUGAAUGGUCGACAAUUGAGUGAAAGUCUACUCUUGUCACUGUUGCUCCUGGACCAAGUUCCAAGUUAACAGCCCUUCAUCAUGUACGCCUUGUUACUGGCCUAAAAUUCCAGUCGUUCUUCUCAGGUAUUUCCACAAUUGUUUGUUCAUUGUGACAGUUUGCACUGGUAGUGCAGAAUUAAGGCUGUAGUUUAUUAGCUCCCGAGACCUUCCGCUUUUGUGUAAAUGCUGAAAGCCUUGUGUGCUGCUGAGAUCUUUUUUUUUAAAAAAGUUGGAAAUGCAGAGUAAGUCUGAUAAAGAUCUGAGAGAGAAAAAUCUGUUUUUGUUUCAGUUGCUGACUGAGCUACUUUGUAUCCUUAAGAUUUGCUACUUUUAUUUCAGAUUUCCGGCAUUCUUUUUCGUAAACAAAAACCAUUCUGUGCUGUUGACCUAAGCUGAGACACACUUUUAUUUCAAGGGUACACUCCUAUUUUGAAGGGUUGGCUGUUUGGCUAAAGCCUAUUUGUGGCACAUCAUGCAAAAAUAAAGGUUAUGAAGUAACUGAAUUAUAUUGUUAUACUUACCUGUGUCUUGUGAAUGAGGUGAAUUAACUGUCGGGACUGUACCUUAAUUGCUGUGGCCAGGUUGUGUGAUGUACAUGUGGUCAUGGUCUCAUUACAUCCAAAAUGCAAAACAUUUCUGUGUGUAUACUGAUGUUUGUGUGGCGUAUUGUUGUGUAGGUGCAGCAGCACUGUUAGGUUAUGAGGAAUUUGAGACCCUAGAAGUAAAUGUGACAUUUUUCACUCAGUACAUGUUCAAAAUAUUUGAUGGGGUAUAGUCCUUCAGCCUUCUUGUGAUGGGUGAACUUGUAUUGAUAGGUAAAUAGAGAGUUUUCACUCUAUGAGAAUGUCUUGAUUGUCUCUUGAUUCUGGGGCAGCACAUUAUGUCUUUAAUCAGGCAGUAAAUGCCAUGGAUGAGUAGCUAAAAGAAGUGCAAAGAUUCCAUAUCUUCCAGAGGUGCACUGAAAAGCCUGCUGUAAUUGAAACAGAUUUAAGCCGUAGUACACACUGGAAAGUUGAUUUUUUUUUCUGUCUAAAUAAUUUUAUUUUAAAGUUGCAGUGAAUAUCACUAUUUAUUAAAAUGAACUAAUGUUUCUGAGGUAUCAAAUUAUUUAAAGUAUAACAUUUAUGCAGCAGUGUCACUUUAAAUAACUUUUGCAGUUACACAUAUGCCUUAAAAAUAAAUUGCAGGGUCCAAGGUUUUGCUGCAGGCUUACCCAAUGGUUUAAGUGAGGUCUGUGCAAAAACAAAGUUCAUGCAGUUUCUAAUUUACAUUAAUCAGCAGUAUGAUGACUCUAAUUCUCUUACCCAUAUUUGAAUUAAAUGUUCAUUAAUAACCAGUAGGUCUCAAAUGCUUCAAUGUUACAUUAACAGAUUUUGUGAUAUACUCUCAAACAAACCAUAUAUUGGUCUUUAUUACUAAUGAGUCAGUGUCAUAGCUAAUGAAAUAUUAUCCCUAAAUAUUAAAAAAAACCUGAUCCCUUUAAUUGGAUGUCUUAUUUUUGGUGUUAUAUACUGAGUGAGUCUUUGGUCAUGGUGAUUCUAUUUAUGAACAUUUCAGUAAAAUUGCCAUGCUUUGUAUAGCCCAUACAGGGGAUAUAAUGUGAAGCAACUUCCUUUCCCAUCCUACCCGGAACAGAGUUUGCACACUUUACCUGUAAGUUCUGGGCUCGUAAGCAUUAGCUGAAGCUAAGGCGGAAGUUACAGCUGUCAGUCAUUAUCCAAAGUGUAGCAGACAAUUUCAGACUUUU